AUGCUGACCCGCCUGUUCAGCGAGCCCGGCCUCCUCUCGGACGUGCCCAAAUUCGCCAGCUGGGGCGACGGCGACGACGACGAGCCGAGGAGCGACAAGGGCGACGCGCCGCCGCAGCCGCCGCCUGCGCCCGGGCCGGGGGCUCCUGGGCCCGCCCGGGCCGCCAAACCAGUCCCCCUGCGUGGAGAAGAGGUACCAGAGGCCACGUUGGCGGAGGUCAAGGAGGAAGGCGAGCUGGGGGGCGAGGAGGAGGAGGAAGAGGAGGAGGAAGAAGGACUGGACGAGGCAGAGGGCGAACGGCCCAAGAAGCGAGGUCCCAAGAAACGCAAGAUGACCAAGGCGCGCCUGGAGCGCUCCAAGCUGCGGCGGCAGAAGGCGAACGCGCGGGAGCGCAACCGCAUGCACGACCUGAACGCAGCGCUGGACAACCUGCGGAAGGUGGUGCCCUGCUACUCCAAGACGCAAAAGCUGUCCAAGAUCGAGACGCUGCGCCUAGCCAAGAACUACAUCUGGGCGCUCUCGGAGAUCCUGCGCUCCGGAAAGCGGCCCGAUCUGGUGUCCUACGUGCAGACUCUGUGCAAGGGUCUGUCGCAGCCCACCACCAAUCUGGUGGCUGGCUGCCUGCAGCUCAACUCCCGCAACUUCCUCACGGAGCAGGGCGCCGACGGCACUGGCCGCUUCCACGGCUCGGGCGGCCCAUUCGCCAUGCACCCCUACCCUUACCCGUGCUCGCGCCUGGCGGGCGCACAGUGCCAGGCAGCCGGCGGCCUGGGCGGCGGUGCGGCGCACGCCCUGCGGACCCACGGCUACUGCGCCGCCUACGAGACGCUGUAUGCAGCGGCCGGAGGUGGUGGCGCGAGCCCGGACUACAACAGCUCCGAAUACGAGGGCCCGCUCAGUCCCCCGUUGUGUCUCAAUGGCAACUUCUCACUCAAGCAGGACUCGUCGCCCGACCACGAGAAGAGCUACCACUACUCUAUGCACUACUCGGCGCUGCCCGGCUCUCGGCCCACCGGCCACGGGCUGGUCUUCGGCUCGUCCGCUGUGCGCGGGGGCGUACACUCGGAGAAUCUCUUGUCUUACGAUAUGCACCUUCACCACGACCGGGGCCCCAUGUAUGAGGAGCUCAAUGCGUUUUUCCAUAACUGA